AUGGACUCUUCGGACGCAGACCCUCGCACCCUGAUAAAGCUCGACGGCAGCCUCCUGGCACACGGCAGCGAUCUGGAAAAGCUAUUCGGCAGAGACCCAGUCCAUGAGCAGAUCCUUGAAGUCGUCAGCGGAUGCGCAGAAGAUCCCGCCAUUAUCCAUUACACCAAAAUCAACUUCAUCAAGCUAGCCACAAUCCACAAAGCUCAGGCCAGCGACAUCCAAGACGUUCAGCUUGCCUCGUUAUUGCAGAAUGUGAGCCUGGCGCAGUCCGACGAAAGUGCACGCCUGUCUCCCCCACACACCGAAUUCGAGAAUAUCAUUCGCGAUUGCAUUGAACAACUGCGUCGGUUACCGAAACGGAAGAUCGAGAAGAAGGUCAUCGCAACCUACAAGAGGAUCAUCGAUUCCACCGGCUACCACAUACCACCCGUCAUCAACAAGAGAAGCGUCGACGACCUCGCCGGCGUUCUCAUCGCCAUGACGUCCGACUCCACCUACGAAGCCAGCCCCGUCACAGAACUGCUUCCUCCUGGAGACCGCUUUCGUAUGAACGUCAUCGUCCACCUUGCUCUCAUCGGCGGAAAACCCGCAAACUCCUGGCAUUUCUCUACCUUGAACUACGUCACCUUUUCCGGUUUCAUGAAGAAGGUUUUAGAUACCCUCGCAAGUGGUCGCAGGGGCCAGCCCGAGCGCCUAGGAUACCUGACCCACCAGCAGAAGGAGCGUGGCGUUUGGUUGUCGCAGGCCGCAGCAGACAUGGAGUCUCUCGAGCUGCAGAGGGACGCGUGGCAAGUUGUCGACGAGAGCAACUACAAAGCAUUGAUGAAAAUCAAAGACAAGCAUGUCUUCUUGAUCCACGAGUACCAGCUAGGGAUGCCGGCACGCAUUGAGGAAAAGGCCAACAAUGGCCCAAAGUACUGGAACACCUGGGCUCUGAAUGAGCAUUCCAGCCUCACCGCCCCUCCUGCCCCUCCUGCCCCCGAGUUCCUGCCCGCCGCCGAUGGCCCAGUGAUUACCCCUGGCAGUCGCAUCAUGAAUGUGCUGUCGACACCUCGCCACCCACCCCAGGGCCCAUCCAAGGAGGAGCAACAGGCCAUCAAGAAAGAGAAGGGGAAGGAAAGGAAGAAGAGGAGAACUCAGCUCAAGCUGGCGCUACGCAGCAAGUAG